AUGUCUGACUCUCAAAGCGACUCGCCCGGCAUCACUAGCGCUCCUAUCAGCUCGAAGAAACGCAAAGCAAGUAUACACUCUUCCAGUGGCUCCUCCUGUGGUUCGUCGAUUGCAGGAAGCAACAAGUCAAGCCGCAACCCUCGGAAGCGUCGACGCUCACCGAAGACGGUCAGCCGUGCUGCCUCUAUCAGCGAUGGCGACAUCAACAACACCUCGGACUUAUCUCUUGAUCAGGUGUCCGGCAGUCGCGAUGGAGGACUGAACGAGCCGACCAAGCGAAGAAUCUGGCUGAACGAGAACGACAAGCCUGUAUACUUUCGAUUCCUGGAUCUCCCAGGAGAGAUCCGCAAUGAGAUCUACGACUACGGUCUCGUCCCUGGUAGCGUCAUUAGCCUCCGCACGACAGCUGAUCACAUACCAAGCGGUGUGGUUUCACGUCAAGAUCUAAGCAUGACCUUGGUCAAUCGCCAGACUCACCUUGAGGUCGAGACAUACUACGCCACUAACGUGUUCAUCGCCAACAUCAACUUGGAUCCAGCAGCAGACCGUCUCAUCCCCGCGCGUCAUCUGUCUGAUGAAAACAUGUCGAAGAUUCGCAAGCUCGUCCUGAACGUCGACCUAAUCACUGUCGAUGCCACAGACACCCCCGAAAGCCUGAUUGAUACCGUCGACUUCGAAACUCUCGAGCACCUCAACACGCUUACGAACCUCACCAUCUGCGCCACCGCAUUUCUUGAGGACAUCUACAAUGGCCGCGCCCAACAGCUCCUGGAGGUCGUCAUUGGCCAGAUCAUACAGUACAUUCCUCCUCUUUGCACGGUCAGCUAUGGAUCCUCAAAUCAGGAGACUCAGGACCACAUCGGUGAUCUCCUACGCAAACAUCUCGCUAGUGUUACCGGCUUCACCUUCGCCUGGCCAUACCGCGUCCAUAGCCACGUCCUCCACGCCGCCGCCGCAGCAGUCACGGCGAAUCAGCAGAUCGUCCAAGGCGCGAAGAACCUCGCGUACGAAGCGAAGCAGGACGCGGACUGGCAUCAGAGUAUGGAGGAAGCCGAGAAGCGUAUCGAGAAACUGGAGGAACAGGCCAAGGCUGAGGAGCAGGAGGUCAAAAGGCUGGAAGCGCAAAGCGAUGGAUCCCAGUAA